AUGUCUCCAGCACCUCCUCCAGUACCUCCAGGUGUCCCUCCAGCUAUUCCUCCAGGCAUUCCUCCAGUUAUUCCUCCAGGUGUUCCCCCAGGCAUACCUCCAGGCAUACCUCCGGCUAUUCCUCCAGGCAUACCUCCAGGCCCUCCACCACCCGCACCGCCCCGCGCGCUUGGUCGACGCCGAGCUCAAGAACUAGCCGGUUUAAUAGCAACUUCAAACCGACUCAAUGCCGCCAAUAGGAACUUAUUAACACCUAGGGAUGGAGUCGUGGCAUUAGAAGUUAACGCAACGCAACUGAUAACUCCUUACAAUUACCGUACCCACUUGACACCCCCUCCAGUGACCCAGGGUAGGGUACUUAGAAGUGGCGGCAUAACCUACCGCUAA